AUGGUACCGCCAGGGGAACCGCACGGUACCUGCGCGCCGCAGGGCCGCCGCAGGGCCGCCGCAGCCCGCCCGCCGCUCCGCGCCUCCCGCGCCCCGCCGCGCGCCCAGCACUGCGCGUGCGCCGCGCUGCUCAUUGGCCGCUGCGCGCCCCUCCCCGCCCCGCCCCCGGCCGGGGCGGCUCCUCCCGGCGGGCGGGCCGGAGGGCGGCUGGGGCUGCCGUUCAGCUACCGCUCCCCUCGGCGGGAACGGCCGCCACCGUGCGCCGCCCCCUGCUCCCCAGCGCCUCCUCUCGGCUGGGCCGCGUUGCCCAACCCCUGGAUGAAAGGAUGUUAUCUAUCCCAUGCCAAGAGGGAACUGAGAGCAAUGAACAUAUGGCUGUUACUAUCAGCACUGGUGUAUUUGCAGCGAUGCCUGUCAACAUCCACCAGAGAGCAGGGCAGCUCCAAAACCCACAUCUUUUAUACUGUGGAAAUUGAUGGAGACAGCAACACAGCCAGCUUCUUGGCCAAACAACAUGGAAUGCAGUUCAUUUCAAAGCACUGGGAAAUGGAUGCAAAACCCCAUAAAUUUGCCAGAUGCUUGGUACCGGGUUCCUGCCAUACAUUUAAUCCCUCACUAUUUUUGCCCCUGAAAGGAGAAAAAAGAUCAAGAUAAAUUUGAAUUUGUUUUAAUUUAAAACAUAUUGCCGAGCUAAUAUAUGCAUGUAUAUUUUUUCUAUGAUUGUUAGAGGUGUUUGGCAAACUGAUGUCAGUGUAUGCAUGUGCAUGUAUUACGUACAUGGAAGGGCAUGUAGUGCAUGGUGCGCCAACUCGUUUAUUUCUAUUAAUUUACUAUGUAAAAUCCUCUGUAGCAGGUGGAAGUGAUGCCUCAAGACAGUUCAUGGUUUCUUAAGAGCAGUUUGACUUUAGGCACUUACACAUCAAACAUAUGAAGUCAGUUUCCUACAAUUUUUAAGUUGCUUUAUAAGAAGUAUUUUGCACCACUGAGAUCCAGCUCAGUUUUGAGGCUGCAUUAAUAAGCUGUUUUACUUUGUAAGUUCAUGUUAUGACAAAUUUAAACUCUGGAAUCUGGAUUUUAAGAGAGAAGUAUACUUUCAGAAGUAGAAGGAAGGAUUGCUUCACUUGAACAAUCGUUACCAUGUUUUAUAGUACUUCACUUAGAUGUUUAACAAUUAUAAUACUUUAUAUUUGUGUCACAUACUUCAUUCAAGACUGUAAAGAUUCCUUAACAAUUUAAAGUUUCACAGAAUUUCUGAACCAGGAUCAAUAUCACCAGAGCUGUGGGAUGUGAUUUCAACAAAUUUUACUCACAUGGAUUUUUGAAGUAACUAAAAAUAUUUACAGCCUUCUUUAUGUUCAGAAAACAGUUACAAACAAAAUUAAAUUAGG